AUGCUCGCCCUCGAGCCCGGUUCCCUCUGCGACGUCUGCGCCGUCGAGUACGGCCCCCGCAACCUCCCCCACUCCAUCGCCUGCGGGCACGUCCUCUGCCACCCGUGCUGCACGACCAUCAUCGAAAAGACCCCCCGCACACGCACCCCCGCCUGCCCCUUCUGCCGCGACCCCUUCUCCGCCGCCACCAUCCGCCUCGUCCGCAUCGACGUCCCCCCGCCCCCGCCCUCCUCCUCCACCACAUCCUCCGCCCCGCCC